GAAGUUAACACGUUUCCCUGUCCGGGUGCGUGACCCUUCCCAAGCGCCGCUCCCGGCGGAUCUUUGCAACGAUGCAUCUUUUAAAAGCAUUAAACUAAUGGACAGCAGCAUACAUGCACAUCAAGUGACGGAGUUCAGAAACGACCCUUGCGUUUUGUUUUUCAUUUGCAAGUUGUUGUGCGCGUACACCGGGUUUAUUAACAGCCCGGUGACUUCCUUCUCUUCUAACGAUCUGUAAUAUUUAAACUCCCUGUGAUUUAACAGCAUGUGCACAGCAUCUCUAUGUAGUGGAUCACGUUUUCUAACGUAUGCAUGCAAAAGCGACCGCGUUCAUUCUCUUCACCGCUGUUUAUUUUGUCCUCCCGCAGGAGUGCAGAUUGGGGAUGGGCAGUCUUUCCGUGGAACUGGCUGAUAUUUUCGCGGAAGACUCCGGCGACGAGAAGACUUUCUACGGGUUUUCCGAGGGCGAGCUGAGCGGCUCGGAUUACCCAUCAAGCUCGGAGAGUGAGGGCCAGGGACGCUUGCAGAGUCAAAAUGAUGGUCCUCCACGCCGCUUCAACCUCAAGGUGGCGCUGCGAAUACCAGCUCAUAGGCUGAAGGAGGAGGAGGAGGAGGAGGAGGAGGAUGAGGAUGAGGAGAACCGCCCCCCUCCUACUCUUCCCCACGCUCCCAACCCCAUGAUGAGUCACUCCAGCUCGGACUCUGACCAGGAGUCCCACCACGGCUUCCUGGAGAAGAGAGCCAUGAACAUCAAGGCUAACAAAGCCAUGCUUGCUCAGUUGAUGGCAGACCUCCACAAGAUGCCUGGAUUGCUGAUCCCUCCCCAGCCUGCCGUGCGGGGCGCUCCCAGCAAGCCAAAGCGAGCUCCGCAGUCCUCGGCGGCCGGGCAGGGGGGCGCGAGAAGGAACCCAGAGAGAACGUCCCGCAGACACACCCGCUCCAUGGGCUGCGCGGACAGGACCCCCUCCCCGGAUGAGCAGAGCGCUCUGCAGCGCAGCAUUGAGGAUGAGCUACUGGAGGUGAGGGGGUCCCCCCGGCAGCGUCGUGCCCCCCGCCCCAGCACAGCGAUCCCGCACGUGAUCCGGCCGGUCGAGGACAUUACUGAGGAGGAGCUGGGGAUGAUCGCAGUCAACGGAGCGGAGAAGACGUACAACCGAGCCACCGGCUCCACGUGCCACCAGUGCCGGCAGAAGACCAUUGACACCAAGACCAGCUGCAGGAACCUGGAGUGCCGCGGGGUGCAGGGGCAGUUCUGCGGGCCGUGUCUGCGCAACCGAUAUGGAGAGGAGGUUCGGGACGCACUGCUCAACCCGGUGAGUCUCUCUCUUUCUGGGUGGUGCACGGUGCUAUUGCUGUUAUGGGUUGAUUUUGACGAUAUGAAACGUGCGUCUCAAUCCUCCUCUUCCCCCCCCUGCAGUCCUGGCAGUGCCCACCGUGCCGAGAGAUCUGUAACUGCAGCUUCUGCCGGCAGAGGGACGGGCGCUGCCCCACUGGCAUCCUGUUCCCCCUGGCGCAGUACCACGGCUUCACAGACGUGCACUCCUACCUCCUCAGCCUUUGCAACCAGAUCAAAACGGAGGAUCUCUAAAUGGACGAAAAGAACGCAAACCGUAAAGGAUCGCUGGACGCUGGAUCGAGCCCGCGAGGAGUUGUGUUUUUCUAUAACAAAUCAUGUCUGCUUAGAACACUUCCGUCAUUGCACUGCAAUUGCACCUUCAGACCUGACGGGAGCAGUAAUGUCUUGUACACAAAGUAGACCAGUAUCUGUGCAGUAUACUGUGCUUUACUGUCGUGGGUUAUUGCUCGGCUCACUUUUUUAAUUUCCCAGUUUUAUAAAACUUUUUUUUUUUUAAAUUGUGUAUUUUGCUUUGUAUAAUAAAAUCCAGUUUUAUACCACACAGGUCUGGUCCUUUUAUUGAACCUUGUCUGGUAUUCCACACUUUAGGGAUAUCAUUGUUAAACAUUGUCACAACUUAAUGGCUCAAUCUGAGGCAAUUACACUAAAUAAACAACCUAUUUCCGCACAAAUAAAUGCCCUAAACUCUAUUUUAAGGAUGUCAUCUUUUAUUUAAAUGUUACAAAAGAGGGAGAAGCCAGGAAUAGCAUGUUAAUCACAUUUACAGAUUCGGGUUCCCACACAAUAUAAAAUAUAUAAACUCCCUUUUGAUAGAAUUAAUUUAAGACAUUUAACUAUCCCCAAUAAGAAACACACUAGCCUGUUUUUCACGCAGCACAGGGACGAGGAUUCUGUUCUAUGAAUCUGCUUCAGCCUCUUGUGAAGGUGUUUGUGUUCUCUAUUUAUCUCUUUCAGUGCUGGUCUUGUCCUAACACCGUUCUGUUAAAGCAUGCUGUCUGAAAUCACAUUUGAAUGGCAGGGGACUCCUCUGCUCAAGUCUGAGGUCGUGUAUUUAUUUGAAAUCCUGAUCUGCAUAUUCCAAGCUGUUUGAGACCCAGAUGUGCUGAUUUUGAAAGUUUUAAAAAUAUACAGUCUGUAAACCUUAACAAACUCAGGGUUUGAUUUGACAAACCCCAGCUCGAUUUUAUUAGAGUGUUUUACAGCACUGAGCAGUCGCCCUGAAUUUCAUUUUUAGAGGCAAGUCCAAGAUAGCCACGGAUGCAGAUGAAACCCAGGGCUGUGAAAUGCUCCAAUCAAACCAGCUGCGGCUGACUGCAGCAGGGUCGAGGCUGGCCGGGGUCCAUGUGGUCAACCUAUUCGCUUCUAGUUGGUCUGAGGGCUCUGCCAUGAGAAGAGUCUGUCCCCGUGAAAAAGCCUCAUUACUAUUGACUUCAAUGUUAACGAUGAAACCUGAAACUCCACAGAACCUUUAUGACCCGAUCAGAACAGAGUGGACCCCCAGCGCACGACACACAACAAAGGAAAAAUACUCUGAAUGGACUUCCCAGGUUUUACCAGGGUCUCAGACAGCCAUAGUGUAAAAAACCAACACCCACACUCUCCCUCUCUCAAUUAACCCCGGCUUGCAACAGGAAUCUUCCUAAUCACCGUUCCCCGACAUGUCAGCAAAGCCUCGGCUCUCUGACAAGACAAUAAACAAAUGUGCCGCUAAUCUAUUUUAGCAAGACAAGCCUGGAGCACAGAGUGAAACCUGAUUGCAUGUGCUGUAACUUCCCCCCCCCCACCAGGAGUGAUCCUCUGGAAGUGCUCUCCUUCAAACCACCACUGCAGUGGAGAUGUUGUUGGAGAACACGGCAACAACCACCAUUACAUUAUAUAGUCACCCCCAAACCUCAUCCGGUCUUUCGCUCUUUCCUCGUGUAAAAAGCCCACUCCUUCAACAGUCAUACGCACACAACACAGGUCUUGCACGCUUCAGCGUUAUUGGCUGAUCGAAUAAGACACACCUGCUGCUUUGCAAACUACCAAAGAAUAUGCAGUACCAUGACGUGUAAAAUAAUAGAAUAUAAAUAUACAUUAUAAAUAAUUUAUUAUUAUAUAUAAAAACAUAGUUGUUUGGGUCUAGUUUUGGAAAACAAACAGGUGUUUUCAGACUGGAGUAAAUGCUUUGCCAAUAUGGUCCUUAGUUUCUUGACAGCGUUUAUCCCGAAGUAAAUUACUUGAAAAAUUGCACCUAGAAAUUAAAAAAUAAGGGACUUGGAACCCAAUUACAGCUUACUGU